GGUUCAGAGGUCGAACGGUUGAGUCUCACCCACCAGUUCCGUCAACUGAUCAAUUUGCGAGCAAGUCUUUCAAUUCCCUCCCCCCAAAGAGACAGUGGACUUUUCUCUCAGUUUCCUCGCCAAGAGUUCUCCCGUGAAAUCCAUCGAAAAAUCCCUGCGGAUAAAAGUGUGUGACGAAUCACAAAUCAUCACUUGAUUGAAAUUGCUGAAGAAUACUGCGUGAAUUGGAGGAAUAAACUCAUAAUUUUGCCCAAAACCAUUGAGAAAGAGCCAGAAAAAUGAAUUGCGAGGAGUUCAGGAAGAGAGGAAUGGAAAUGGUGGAGUACAUUUGCAAAUAUUUAGAGACCCUUGAGGACCGUCGAGUCACUCCGAGUGUUGAGCCUGGAUACUUGAAGAAUUUACUUCCAGAUGAAGCGCCAAUGUAUCCUGAGCCUUGGGAUCAAGUGAUGGACGAUGUGGAGAAGAAAAUCAUGCCGGGCGUGACUCAUUGGCAGCAUCCGCACUUUCAUGCGUAUUUCCCAUCGGGAAACUCCUUCGCCUCCAUUCUGGGCGACAUGCUGAGCGAUGCCAUUGGAUGCAUUGGAUUCUCCUGGGCAGCCAGUCCGGCGUGCACGGAAUUGGAGACAAUUGUGCUGGAUUGGUUUGGCAAGGCGCUGGGAUUGCCGGAUUUCUUCCUGGGUCUCAAGCCAGGCAGCAAAGGUGGCGGAGUGAUUCAGUCAUCAGCGUCAGAGUGUGUUCUCGUGACAAUGAUUGCGGCGCGUGCACAAGCGAUUAAGCAGCUGAAGAGGCAGCAUCCCUUCGUGGAAGAGGGACACCUCUUGACCAAAUUGAUGGCAUACUGCUCGAAAGAGGCGCACAGUUGUGUGGAAAAGGCAGCAAUGAUAUCAUUUGUGAAGCUGCGAAUUCUCGAGCCAGACUCCAAAUGCAGCCUACGCGGAGAGACACUGUCUAGGGCAAUGGAAGAGGAUGAAGCAAGUGGACUUGUGCCGUUCUUCGUCUCCACCACACUUGGGACAACAGGAAGUUGUGCUUUUGACAAUCUGGAGGAAAUUGGGAGCGUCUUGCAACAUCAUCCGGGAGUUUGGCUACACGUUGACGGAGCUUAUGGAGGAAGUUCCUUCAUUUGUCCAGAAUUGAGGGAUGUUAUGAAGGGCAUUGAAAAUGCUGACUCCUUCAACACGAAUCCCAAUAAAUGGCUUCUCACGAGCUUUGAUUGCUCAACUCUAUGGGUUCGUGAUCGCAUCCGCUUGACAUCUGCUCUUGUGGUUGAUCCAUUGUAUCUUAAACAUGGCUAUAUGGAUGCUGCCAUUGAUUAUCGUCAUUGGGGUGUUCCGCUGAGUCGACGUUUUCGCUCUCUCAAGCUCUGGUUUGUUCUGCGCAAUUAUGGCAUUUCGGGACUUCAGGCGUACAUAAGACGCCAUAUAAAACUUGCCAAGCGCUUCGAACAAUUGGUGUUGAGUGAUAGAAGAUUUGAAAUCUGCAACGAAGUCAAGCUCGGAUUGGUGUGCUUCCGCCUCAAAGGGACUGAUAAAAUCAAUGAGAAGCUGCUGAGCGCUCUCAAUGCGUCUGGAAAAUUGCACAUGGUUCCAGCAUAUGUGAAUGACAAGUACACCAUCAGAUUUGCUGUCAAUGCAGAGAAUUCAGUCGAAGAUGACAUUGACUUCGCUUGGGAGGUGAUUACUGACAUUUCGUCUGAAAUUCUCGAGAAGGAUCAAGCAGAUGAACUCACAGAGAUUUUGGAUCGCAAGAAGAAGGAAACACUCGCCCAGAAACGGUCAUUCUUCGUCCGAAUGGUCAGUGAUCCGAAAAUAUACAAUCCGGCUAUUAAUAAGGCGGCCACGCCAAGAAUAUCUACCGAAGCCAUGUCUCCGACAAUCCCUGGAGCACCAAUGAUUCAGACACCCACAAACAAUGCUUCGUCAUGGAUCAGCUGGCCAUUAGCAUUUCUCUUUGCAUCAUCCGACGAUGGACCACGCUUGAGAUUCCGUCACCUGGACACAACUGUCGGUCUGCCGAACUCGCGUCGCAACUCAGCAACUGGCGGCGGCUCCUCGCCAUCGCCUGAGAAUGAGCUCUGCAUCAGCACAACGCGCUCACCAAAGAGAUCACCAAUUCUCAUGCGGAAGAACAAGAGUUCCACCACAAGGAAUGGUUUGGACUAAAUAUGCCCAAAAGAAGCACAAAAUUCUACUCAACAGUAUAAGAAAAAUCUUCAGUAUCACGAGAUUGUCAACAAGUAACAAUAAUUCCAAAUGAUAAUUCAAUGGAGAGAUUAGCUACAAUAAUAGUUUAAAUGCCCCCCCUUUAAAAAUUAUAGAGACUUUAAUCAGAAUUAGAUUUCAAAUUGUGGCAGUAUAAAAGCAUACAAAAUGUUAGAGAAGAUCAGCAUUUUUUUGAUUCCUUCUUCUGGCUCUUCUUCCCACACUUGUGGGAAAGUAAUAAAAAAAAAUGAGCACACUUAGGCAAAAACAUUGUACUUAUCGUUCAUGACAAAAUGAUUAGCAUGAGUAAAAGAAUAAAUAUCAUAUACCAUAAAA